CCGUGCUGCGCGCCGCGCCCGGAGCCAGCCGCUCUCCGCGGGGAGCCGAGGGGCCGCGUGCCCGGAGCUGCGCGGGGCCGAGCCGGGGCGCUGCCAGCGGGGCUCAGCGCCGCCCCGCGUGGGACACAAAAGGCGCCGACAUCGCGGCGGCUGGAGAGCGCAGCGGGGCGGGGAGCGGAGCCUCCUUCCCUCCCGAGCCAGCCCGCGGCCUGGAGAGCGCCGCAGCCAGGUACCUUGUUGGGUAGUGAUUGAGUCUCCUCUGUCAUGUCCAGACGCAGCCAGCGCCUCGGGGCCACCCGCUAUUACCAGGGUGAUGAUGAUGGCAGCAGCAGUGGUGGCAGUUUGCUACUGGGUGGCCAGGAGCCCCCCUUUAGGGACAGUCCUAACAGGACCCUACGGAGGAAAUCGAGCAGCAUGAAGCGCCUCUCUCCAGCCCCCCACCUGGGACCUACCCCUGCCACCCAGACCUCCUACUACAGCGAGUCUGUGAUCAGUGAGUCCUACCUGGGCAGCAGCAGGGGACUUGCUGGUGGGGGCAGCGCUGCCUUUGAUGACCCACAGGACAGUGACUCCUACUGGGGUGGGGAGCUCUCCGCGAGGAGGAGGAGAAGAGGCACAGGAGGUACGGAGUCCAGUAAAAUCAAUGGGCUGGCAGAGAGCAAGACUUAUGACACCUAUGCCUCUUCAUCUGGCUACUCCUCUGAGGAUGACUAUGCAGGUCGCUCUUCCUUGGACCAGAACAGCACUGGUUCUGGGUUCAGAAAUGCCAUCUCACGAGCAGGCUCUUUUCUCUGGCUGGUGGUCACUUCUCCAGGCCGGAUCUUUGGACUGUUGUACUGGUGGAUUGGAACCACGUGGUACCGCCUCACCACCGCAGCCUCUUUGCUGGACGUCUUUGUCUUAACAAGGCGCUAUUCAGCUCUGAAGAAACUCCUUCUGCUCCUCCUGCUGCUGCUGCUCCUGGCUUCCAUUGCUUAUGGUGCUUGGUAUUUCUACCCCUUUGGAUUCCCGAUGCUCUACCCUGCCAUGUUUUCUUGGGGAGCAGCAAAGCUUUCGCCCCGUGUUGCUGGGGAAGAGGAGGUGCUUAGAGCCGGGGAUUCGUCUGCGUUAUUUCGGGCAGAGCAGCAAAUCCUGUCUCGGUUUCAAAGUCUGGAGAAACGCUUCCAGACCCUAGAGGCGGAGGCAUCCCGGCUGGAGAAGCUGGAGCUCCAGAGAGGGGUGGCGGCCGGGGGAGGCCUGACACACGAGGCCACCCUGACACUCCUGGAGGGGCUGGUGAGCCGUCGAGAGGCUGCGCUGAAGGAGGACUUGGCCUUGCACGUCCAGAGCGAGCUAGAUACCAUCCAAGGCCAGCUGCAGAAGGAUUUAAACGGGCGCCUGGAGAAGAUUACUCAGGCAUCUCAGGAGGUGGAGGCCCGGAUGCUCCAGCUGAAUUCAGAAUGGCAAAGCUCGACACAAGAGGGCCUGCAGGGGAGCUUCCGGCAGGAGAUGGGCAGGUUGGAGGCACAGCUAGCAGGCCUGAGGAAGGAGCUCGCACUCCUGGCGUCUGACCAACAGGCGGUGGUGAAGCACGUGGAGUCACUCCCGGGACAAAUCAAGGGAGUGCGGGAGGACGUGGAAGCGCAGUUCCCCCGGUGGAUCAGCCAGUUCCUGUCGCAGCCCGGGGAGGAUGGAGUGGGCAGCCUGGUUCUCCAGCGUGAGGAGCUACAGGAUCAGCUCCGGAAGCUGGAGCGCAAAAUCCUCGCCAGAGUCUCUGAGGACCAAAGGGUGUCUGCGCGGGAUGCCACGGCUAGCAUUGGGGUAGCGCUGCAGCAGGAGGGAGUCACAGGUGUGACCGAAGAGCAAGUGCACCUCAUUGUGAACCGAGCCCUGAAGCGCUACAGCGAGGAUCGUACUGGAAUGGUUGAUUAUGCCCUUGAAUCAGGGGGGGCCAGUGUUAUUAGCACUCGGUGCUCAGAAACCUACGAGACAAAGACGGCACUGCUGAGUCUGUUUGGGAUCCCCCUGUGGUACCAUUCUCAGUCUCCACGGGUUAUCCUGCAGCCGGACGUUAACCCUGGGAAUUGCUGGGCUUUCCGUGGAUCUCAGGGCUUUGCUGUUAUCCGUCUGUCCAGCCACAUUCGCCCCACUGCUGUGACUCUGGAGCAUGUCCCAAAAGCCCUCUCGCCCCUGGACACCAUCCCCAGCGCACCCAAGGACUUUGCCGUCUUUGGUCUGGACGAAGAAGGACAGCAAGAGGGCAUUGUUCUCGGACAGUUCACCUACGACCAGGAUGGGGAUCCCAUCCAGACGUUCCGCUUGGAGGGUGAAGAUGUGGGCACGUUCCAGGUGGUGGAGCUACGGAUUCUGAGCAACUGGGGUCACCCGGAGUACACCUGCAUCUAUCGCUUCCGUGUGCACGGGGAGCCGGUCCACUAACCCCUCCCUGGCUCUCCCCUGCCCCUAGCUGGCUACCUCAGGUUCUGUGCCGGCCGCAAGCGACAACCAUGGCAGAGAGAGGUUGUCUCCAGAGAGAAUGGCAAGCCGGUUAAGGAAAUUCUUCUUUUUGCCGCUUCUCUCAAGUCCCAGGGUGGGAGAGGUGGGGGAAUUACCACCCUUGGCGAACCUAGUCCCCAUAUGCUUUUCUGUGCUGCCACUUCCAGAGGGAAGAGUUUGUAUUGGGUGGGGGUGGUGGGGAGGGGGAGGGAUUUUAGUGUUCAAAAGGUGGUGUGAUGGGAAACGAGGCUCCGAUCCAGGUCAGGCCAGACAUUUUAACUUUUUUUAAAUGAGUCUUUGCAGUCCAGACCUUUCCCCACCUCCCUCUUCCCAGCCCCAUCCCUUCCAGAUGUUAAAGAAGACUAUAGCAUAGUGUCCCAAGUUUUAUGAAUGAACAUAUAUUAUUAUCAGUGGGGUGAAGGUGUGAUCUAUUUAUGGCAUCGUUGGCUGGGUAGGCGCCAUCUAAAUGUCAGGGAGGGUGGGCACAUGACCAAAUAAUUUUGCACUAUCGCCUGUUUCCUUCCAUUAUUGGAUCAGUGGCUUGUUUUAGUUAGACCCAGUGGCUAGCUUGCCAUGGGUUGAAUUUGGAUCUCAUGACCCUGGAAAGCUGCUAACAUGCCUGUUAGCUAAGGGAAAUAAUGAGGACACAAAGACAUGUAUUAAAAGGUUAAUAUAUAAGCAAAAGACUGGGGUUUUAGUCCUUGGGGGAGAAGAUAAUCUAAUCUCCCUGGGAUUGUAAAACAGCCUCAACAAUGCAAACCUUCCACUCAGGUCAGUGUAUUAUAUAGUCCUCAAGAAACACCUUCCCUUCCACCGCAGCUGAGUGCUAUUGGAUUUCACCAAUGUGCAAGGCUGUGGCCAGAGUGGGAGAAGGUCCCGUAUUAUUCCCACACACGUGUGUGUUGUUCUCACAUGUAAAUCCCCCAAUUAGUGCUGAACAUUCACAAGUCAAAAUGUCUGUGUUGAUGUCCUUUAAAACUCUUCCUCCCGACACUGUUUUUAGUAAUAAUGAAGGAUGUACUUUUCCAUGCAACGUAUAAUUAACCUAUAGAACUUUGUACCACAAGGGAGACCACUGAGGCAAAUCACUUAGAUUAAUAAAGGGCUAGUCACUUAGAGUAGCAUUUGUAGUAGCACUAACUAGAGUGAAAUGGCCAGGGCUAUUUAAUCCUCAGGCUUUGAGAUGUGAACUGAUCAGUAGCUAAGUUCAGGAGAAAAUUUCCCUCCAUGGGUGCUGCAUGAUCAGAUGCCAUGGCCCACAGUUGGAGACAGGGUACUAGGCUCGAUGGGCCAGUGGUCUGGUAGUGCCUGCCUGCUUUGCUUUUGGAAAACCCUAGUCAAAAUUAUAACCGUCUAUGGUGGGUGUAAAAAUAUAUAAUUAUACCCCCACUGGUUUAUGUACAUCUGUAUAUAAACAACUGUACAUAGGGGGGUAGAGUCUAGGCUGUAGUUAUCCAGACACAUGGGGUUUGUUGAUGGGGACACAGGGCAGAUAUGAGAGUAUUAGUGUGAUCACGGGAAGUGGCACAAACCCCGCAGGAUAACGGGGGAUAUGAGACAAUAUUAUACAAGCUUUGGGGAUAAGGGGACGACGACCCUGACAGCUCUGAUCUGGGGCAAGGGUGGGGAAAGACAGCAGGCCGAGCAGAGGGUGUGGUGCCAAGGCUGGCUGAAGGGUGCUGAGACACAGAGCUUGUGGGGUUCACUGUAAGUAGGGGCGGUGAGGUAAGCCAGUGCAGCUUGGUUCAGAUCAUUAAGGACCCUGCUACCGGGCCUUCAAGGGAGAGUAGUAAUGGUGGUAGCAAUGGUUCCAGGAGGGGGCUUGUGGCUGAAGCUGGGACUGGCCUUUUCCCUCAGGGGAAGGGUGGGCAGGUCUGUGUCACAGCCGUCCCCCAUUCACAGCUGCCGUCCUGGGCUGAGGCCGUGUAUGGGGACGGUUGGACAGGGCACAAGUGGGCAGGGAAGGGCUGACAGCUACCUCUUCCUAUGGAUUUAUCUGGGAGAAGGGAGACAGCACCAAGGUGGGAAAGGCCCCUCCACCCCAGACUUGAGCCACAAAGACCUCCCUGAGGGCUGUUAGUGUUGUUCCCAGCUGGCAAGAGAAGGAGGGGAGAGGGACCUGUGAACAGGCUGGCUGGGGCCUUAUUCUCACCACCACACCCACUAUAUCAGCUUUGAGCUGCAGGACAGAGUAGGAGUUCAUAUCAGUGGCCUUGAGAAGGUAACAUGUGCUGCUCAGAGAAGGGUUGUCUCUGUCUCUAGGUUUUGGCCAGCACGCUCUGUUCUUAGUUCAGCUUAUGUUUUGAAUUGGUUUUUACGUAUCCAUAUUUGUCUUCUCUUUAUCUGAAAGAAAAGCCAAGGGCUCACUUUGUAUCAGCCCCAUUUGAGGCUGGCACCCCCCCAAGUCAAAUUGGGUCUGUGAGGUGCGGAGGGUACUGAGCACUGAUUUUUGCCAGGUUGUCUCCAAAACCUGUUGAAGUCCAGUAGGGCUGGGAUGGUGUGAAAGGGAAGUGAGUGGGGGACUCCCUUCCAGAGCUGGCAAUGGGCUUUUUCUGGCCCACAUGUCUUGCCUUAAAUCUGCUGGAGAAGUCAAGCAGUGCACAUCCUCUUGGUCUGCUCCUCCAUUGCCUCAUCAAGCAUGUGGCUCUGAUCCAUGUGCCCAUAGGGAUGAGGGUGGGACAGCACCUCCUUUUGGAAUUAAUCACCACUACUCCUAAAUUGGCUGCAGGGGGUGGUGACUGGGUGAUAAAUGGCUCCUACACCAGAUGCUGAUUGCCCCAGGCACCAAGUGGGUUCCUGCAUGGAAGUGCAUGGCCCCAGUCCCUAGAACUCCGAGUCCACCUGCAAGGAACUUGGACUGGCAGUUGAAGAUGGGUUGACCAGGGCUUUACAAGCCCCUAGGAGCAGUGGACCUAGCCUCUGGUGCUUCUUUAAAAUCUGACUACUGAACCAACCCUCCCCCAACAUCUAGGCAUGUUGGAACAGUGGUGAAAGGAGAAAAGGUUCAUUAACUCUUCCUGUGCUCCAGGACCAGCUGUCAAUUGUAGGGCAGAGGGUGUUUAAAAUUGCUGCUUCAACUGCAGCCCCGCUUCUUAUCAACAUGCCAGGUAAUCAUGGUACUAGAUACAGAAGAUGAGUACAGCAAGGUGGUAAUAAGUGGGAAACAUCUGCUAAGGCAGAGCUUCUCUGUUUACUCCCCUUGAGCUGCCUCACUUAUCCCCCUCUCUCUCUGUGUGUGUGUACCAGGAAAGUGUUAUAAAUUAACCUUACGCAAACCAAGCUGGGUACAGGCAGAUUAAUCUGUAUUUAAUUCUGUAGCCUAUUGCAAAUGCUGCACUGUUUUGUUUGUUUUUUAUCUACAGACUGUAAUUUAUGCCUAUGCAAAAAAAUCCAAGACAAUAAAUUAUGUCAAAACAGUU